GCUUCUCGCCGGCACCAGCUUUCGAUCUCGUCUCAUAUGCCCCGGACGACCAAAGAGUGACCCUUGGCAGUCAAUUGGCAGUUCCCGAGGAGGACAGCGCCAGGAAAUGCAGCGCGGGGCGGGGGCUUCCGUGCUUCGCGGGGCCACGGGCGCCACGCGGCUUCCGAGGUUACGGACGUCGGCUUGCUCAGAAUGUCUUAGAGCGGCGUCGCUCGACGUUAGGAUACCACAGCCAGCCGCGCUCUUCCACUCGGGGCGUCCACGGCCAUCCGCCUGGGCCGCGGCUGUCUCUGUCGCCGGCAACAUCGUCUCGAAUGCCAUCACCCGGGCGGCCAAGGGCGACGUGCCCACCAUCGAUCCGCUCCGGACCGUGGCGAAAGAGAUGAAGUUUCUGACGGGGAACAUCAGGAAGCUACUUGGCUCCGGUCAUCCUUCACUCGACCGUGCGGCGAAGUACUAUACCCAGUCCGAAGGGAAACACAUACGGCCGCUGAUAGUCUUGUUGAUGUCGCGGGCAACAUCACUCUGUCCAAAGGCACCGCAACGGCAGCAGGCCACUCUCCAGGCCUCGGCUGCCAUCGACACAUCCAUAUCCCCGCUAUCCAUCCUUUCCGACUUCAAUCCAACUGCACCCGUGGAGGGCGAACCAGUGCCUGCGGACGACGAUAUCCUCCCCUCGCAGCGGAGGCUGGCCGAGAUUACAGAACUAAUCCACACUGCCUCACUAUUACACGACGAUGUCAUUGACCACUCUGUGUCGCGGCGCGGGGCGCCGUCGGCGAAUCUCGAGUUCGGGAACAAGAUGGCCGUCCUGGCGGGCGACUUCCUCCUCGGCAGGGCAUCGGUGGCGCUUGCGCGCCUGCGCCACGCCGAGGUGAUUGAGCUCCUGGCCACCGUGAUUGCCAACCUUGUCGAGGGCGAGUUCAUGCAGCUGAAGAACACGGCGCGGGACGAGACCAACCCGCGGUGGUCGGAGGACACGCUCACGUACUACCUCCAGAAGACGUAUCUCAAGACAGCGUCUCUGAUCAGCAAGAGCUGUCGCGCCGCAGCGCUGCUGGGUGGUGCAGACGCGCAAACGGUAGAUGCCGCAUAUCUGUAUGGCAAGAACCUCGGGUUGGCUUUCCAGCUCGUGGACGACAUGCUCGAUUACACGCGCAGCGAAAAAGAGCUGGGCAAGCCCGCGGGCGCAGAUUUGGAACUCGGACUGGCAACAGCUCCAUUACUAUUUGCGUGGAAGACAAUACCAGAGCUUGGUGCUCUGGUAGGGAGGAAAUUCGCCCAAGACGGCGACGUGGCGAGGGCACGAGAUUUAGUCAUGCAAAGCGACGGCAUUGAGCAGACACGGGCCCUGGCAGAAGACUAUGCCGAAAAGGCGAUUGCUGCCAUCAGCUCGUUCCCCGAAAGUGACGCCAAGGAUGGCCUGGUUGAAAUGGCUGUGAAGACACUGAAGCGGAAGAAAUAGUUUCUGCGACUUAAUCCCGCCUUACCACUGCACUACCACGAUGACCGUCCACUCCAAAGGUUAGAGGACAGCGUUGGCAUGGGACAUGAGAGAGCUAGAACAUAGAU